CUUGGACGACGAGUCAGUACUACGAGUAGCUAAAUGAAAACAACUGCCACUCCUUUUCUACCUCCGGCCCAUUACCUUUGAUGUAACCAUCUUUCAAAGGUCAUCUGUCACUCCUCCUCUAAGCUGAAGACGACGCUUGCGACAAUGUCCCGCCUUCUUUUCUGGGCCUUGCUGGCGCCCACCAUCGCCAUUGCAGAGGACUCGAUGUCGUACAUCUUCUACGACAACCAAGAGUUCCUUGUUAACCAGUCCAAUCUCGCCAGAAUCUCCUGGACGGAGGUUGAGGCAGCUUUCCAUCACCCGGCCCAUGUCGACGUGGCGAGCUAUGGAGGCUUGGACUGGACGAAGCCGUAUCCUGGAUCUCCCGUGGACGGCUUCCAGGCGCACCUCCGAAUUGCCAACGACGUCCCGUGGCCGGCAAGUUUCGCAUUAAACGAGACUACCGAGGUCACAGCUUUGACGUUCAGCAUUCCCGACUCCCUGAUGGAUCAUUCUCAAGGUCUGCCGAAGCCCAUGGACCCAUCGUGGUUUAUUUGCCAGCAUUACUUCGUCAGUGCACUGCCGGAUCCCACAGAGCCCGUGGAUCACAGCUGCGGCUUCUUAUCUGCGGAGUGUCGGGCCGACAUGGAGACAAGCCUUACAGGAAGUUGGACCAAGGAGGAUCCAGACGUCCCUUGCUCAGCCUUGAUCCUCGACCCUGUUCCCGCCAGCUGCCAGGACACGCUGGGACUGAUCCGCGGGGAUGUCAUUGCGUGGAACUCGGACACGCUUACAGACCAGGCUGCUGCCAAGCUAGUGACAGUGGAUGAGCUCAACCCUUGGUCUUGGUUCAUUGGCACCGGCGGGGUUGAAGAAGACAAUUCAACGGCCUACUACGAAGCAUCGAACCGCACGUAUGUUAUCGGUACCGUCUUCGGUUACAGCCCCAGUGUCACACACGGCAACAAGCAGGCACCCAAGCUGUCCCUCGCUUGUCUUCGACCUGAGUGGGUUCCUCCCACCACACCCAACAACCCGACUUCGACUGUAACCCCUUACGUUUACCCAACACAUGUUCCCUCUGGCGCUACUACUGUCAAGUCCUCUACCACGUCUUCAAUCCCGCCAUCCGCUACCAGUUCAGACUCUGUAUGUGUUUCGGGUGUCGCCUCUCCAAACAGCUCGAUCGGAAGUUCCAGCAGUUGUGCAGCUUCAGCUGUGAGUAUGGGUACGGCCCGCCCACGGCCUGCCAGUGCUUGGAGUAUUUUGGUACGCCUGAGACUACUCCUGAUGCCAACUGGGUGGAUGAAGGUCCCCUUGAAGGCGUUGCGGAUAAAUAGUUUGUAAAUCCUGGCAGCUUUGCGUGCAAGUGCGAUACUUGCCCAGAGUCGACAUGUCAUCCCUACUGAAGGAUGUUGUGGCUGGCCUCAUCGUUGUGGCGCAGUUGUGUGUUUAUUGUCUUUAACACAAAGGAAGGGUCUUGUGUACUCAAUUGGAUCACCCUUGUUAGGGAUUGAUAGGUUGUUUUACUAGAAUUUC